AUGGAGGAACAAAAGAAGAAACGGCAGGCCACUCGCGGUUCUCAAGCUGUCGCCACUGCCCUCGCCGCAACCACCGCCACUUCGUCCAACGGUUCCUCUCAGCAACAGCCUGCAUAUUUUCAGCCGUCCGACAGGGGGCGUGGUCGGAACCGCGGCGGACGUGGCCGCGGCCGCGGUAGGUCCUUCUUGGGUCGUGGUGGAAACCGGUCUUCCCAAAACGGUAAAGCGGAACGCAAAAUCCGCACCAUUAAUAACAUGGCUCCACGAGCAUGGUACCAGCGGUUCACCGAUUUUGUCACUUUACAAGGGUUUCGUCAAAGCAAAUCUGACAACUCUCUUUUCAUUUAUCAUCAUGGGCAUGAAAUCGCUUAUCUUCUCAUUUAUGUGGAUGACAUUAUUCUUACCACGUCCUCCGAGGAUCUUCGUAUACGCUUGCUUCACAAGUUGUCCAGUGAAUUUGCUAUGAAAAACUUGGGGCCACUUUCUUAUUUCUUGGGUAUACAGGUAACUCGGGAAGGUGAUACUAUGUUUUUAUCUCAGCAGGCUUAUGUUCGUGACAUUCUCCAUCGGGCAUCUAUGGACUCCUGCAAAUCGGUUGCUACUCCUGUUGAUACGCAGUCAAAGCUAUCUGCUGACCACGGCCCCCUUCAUGAUGAUCCUUCGACAUUUCGCAGUCUUGCUGGUGCGUUACAGUACUUGAAUUUUACUCGACCAGACAUAUCUUAUGCUGUUCAGCAGAUUUGCAUGCAUAUGCACGCACCUCGGACUGAUCACUGGAACGCCUUGAAACGCAUCCUUCGAUAUCUUCAGGGCACGACUGAUUUUCGUCUUCAUCUUGGACCUACUUCCAGUAUACGGUUGAUUGCUUACACUGACGCGGACUGGGCUAGAUGCCCUGAUACUCGCCGGUCUACGUCCGGAUACUGUGUUUAUUUCGGUGAUAAUCUUAUUUCCUGGUCUUCCAAGCGUCAGUCCACUAUUUCUCGCUCCAGUGCGGAAGCGGAAUAUCGAGGUGUGGCUAAUGUGGUUGCGGAUAUUUGUUGGUUGCGUAAUCUUCUUCUCGAGCUUCAUCAUCCUCUUUCACGGGCUACAUUGGUGUACUGUGAUAAUGUCAGUGAAGUCUAUCUCUCCGGUAAUCCGGUACAACAUCAGGGCACUAAGCACAUUGAGCUCGACAUUCACUUUGUUCAUGAACAGGUUCAACGCGGUCACAUUCGUGUCUUACAUGUUCCUUCUCGUCAUCAGAUUGCCGAUAUUUUUACCAAGGGGCUCCCGUGUGUUUUAUUCGAUGACUUUCGUUCCAGUCUCAACAUCGGUCCUGCCGAUGCUUCAACUGCGGGGGUGUAA